AUGGAUGAUAGCGCGAAAAGCCAGCUGAAAAGCAUCCCACUCCUCAAAACAAAGGCCGGACCCCGUGAUGAGGCGCUGUGGCCAAAGCGAUUGCAGGAAGAGCUCGAGGCGCUGAUCGCGUUCGUGACGAUGAACAAGGAAAACGACAAGGAUUGGUUCCACAUUGAGUGCAGCGAUCGCGGGGACCGUUGGUACGGCAAGUGCUGGACGUUCUACAACAACGUGAAAUACGAGUUUGCCGUCGAGUUCGACAUCCCGAUCACCUACCCGACGACCGCGCCCGAAAUCUCACUCCCCGAACUCGACGGGAAGACGGCAAAAAUGUACCGAGGCGGCAAGAUCUGCCUCUCCGAGCAUUUCAAGCCGUUGUGGGCGCGGAACGUCCCGAAAUUCGGCAUCGCCCAGGCUUUCGCGCUUGGUCUCGGCCCGUGGCUAUCUGUUGAGAUUCCGGAUCUCGUCGAGAAGGGCUUGAUUACACCCGCU